ACACUAUAAAAGAGGCCAAAUCCUCCAUGGAUUGUAUCAACGCCAAACGAUUUCAAAUCUUCACAGCUCUCUUACAAAAAAAAAAAAAAAGGCUUUCUUUUUAUUAUUUUUUGUUUUUAAUUUCUUUACUUUCUUGCAAUGGCGUUUAAGAAAACCAUGGCGGAGAAGCUUUUCAAUAUUUCGAAAAUUUCUUCGCAAGUUCUUACCAACUGCCGGAUUUCCUCAUCGACGAUUCAAAAUCGAAUCUCGCAAAAAGAGAUGAAAGCUACAACAGCAGUGGCGCAUGAUCCUGGAGACUUUAACGGUAACGGUAAAGGUACCGGCAAUGGCAUGUUCAGGCGGUUUCUUCAUAAAGGAGCUAUGGUUGCACCGACAAUGAGGAAGUUACCAAUGGGAGAGAAUUUACUGGAGAGGUUAAGGGAAUUUGAUAGUUUCAGGGAUCGGAUCCGGUUGGACGGAUUGAGCCCGCACUUGGCGGCGAAUUUGGAGGUGCCGGAGGUGCCUGCACUGUCGGUUCAAGAAGCGAAGAAGUUGUUAAGGGUGGCCCAAUUGGAGGCGGUCAAAACGAGGCUGAGAGAGACCGGGAAAACCUGGAUUUCUUAUUCGGACUUUAUUCGGAUCUGUGGAGGAAGUUGUUCGGAUCCGGAACAAGGUUUGCAGUUCGCGAAAUUACUGGACGAAUCUGGAACCGUCGUCAUUUUGGGAAACGUCGUCGUUUUACGAUCCGAACAGGUAGCAAAAGCUCUCGGAGAUCUAAUUCCUUUACCAGGACCCAAUCCGAAUGACCCAAGAAGAAAAGAAUUGGCAGAGUUGGAGAAGGAGAAAGCCACCAUUGAUAAAAAAGCUGAUUCCUUGGUCCGUCGAGAACUCUGGCUCGGUCUAGCCUACUUGGUGGUUCAAACAGCCGGGUUCAUGAGACUAACAUUUUGGGAACUCUCAUGGGAUGUCAUGGAACCCAUUUGUUUCUAUGUCACAUCCGUUUAUUUCAUGGCUGGCUAUGCAUUUUUCCUCAGGACAUCCAAAGAACCUUCUUUUGAAGGUUUUUACCAGAGCAGGUUCAGCACAAAGCAAAAGCAGCUCAUCAAGGCUUACAAUUUUGAUAUCGAGAGGUAUAAUGAGCUUAAGGGAAUUUUUUAUCCACAUUCAUCAUCAAAACAAGCCUCGUCGGCUUCCUUUGAUCAUUCUGAGAAGAGGCAUAUUGGUGGUUUAGAUCAAUGAUGAUCGAAAAUACUGAAGGAAAGACGAAAUAGAAAUAAUACAAUUUUGUUUUAGGAGUAACAGCGGCUUUCUGUAACAUUCCGUCAAGAGUUUUUUCUUUUUCACAAAAAACCUAACAACUCCUUCCCCUCUCUCUUUCCUAUGUUUAAACAUAUAUUCAGUCCUCUGGCUAAACAUAUAUUCAGAAGUGAAGGUUGAUCCAA